GUUUUAAAAGGCCAGCCUGAGCGGGAGCGCGGCGGCUGGCGCCAUCUUGGCUGUUUUCAUGAGUACAACAGGGAACAACUCGCUGGGAGAAGUCACAUAAUUACUGGGAUUUCACCGUAGCGGCGUUGCUCUGGGUCAACCAUACUACAGUUGGAGUGUGUGAAGCCGGGGAAACGGGGCCAUGUUCUACGCCCACUUUGUCCUCAGCAAACGUGGGCCGCUAGCCAAGAUCUGGCUGGCGGCCCAUUGGGACAAAAAGCUGACCAAGGCCCAUGUGUUUGAAUGCAACUUGGAGAGCAGCGUGGAGAGCAUCAUCUCGCCUAAGGUAAAGAUGGCAUUGCGUACAUCAGGCCACCUGCUCCUCGGAGUGGUGAGAAUCUACCACAGGAAGGCCAAGUACCUGCUUGCUGACUGUAAUGAAGCCUUCAUCAAGAUCAAAAUGGCUUUCAGACCAGGUGUGGUGGAUCUACCGGAGGAAAACAGAGAGGCUGCAUACAACGCCAUCACCUUACCUGAAGAGUUCCAUGACUUUGACCAGCCUCUCCCGGAUCUGGAUGACAUUGAUGUGGCUCAGCAGUUCACCUUGAACCAGAGCAGAGUGGAAGAGAUAACCAUGAGGGAAGACGUUGGCAACCUCAACCUCCUGCAAGACAAUGACUUUGCUGACUUUGGUAUGGACGACCGGGAGAUGAUGCGGGAUGCCAGCACUUUUGAGGAGGACAUCAUGCAGGGUGCCACGGCAUCAAACCUCCUGCUUGAGGCAGAACCCGGUCCAGCUACCCUCCCUGAUAAAUCCAACCACAUGGAGUAUGAUGAUUUUGGGGAUGGGUCCAUGGGCAAUACUGAUGGUGGAAUGCUUGUUGACAAGCUGUUGAGCUCUGAAGAUGGAGGUGGCAUCUUUGAUGAUCCUCCAGCCAUUACAGAGAGUGUAAUGAUGCCUCCAGAUCACGGAGAUGAUGAGGAUGACUUUGACAACCUCCACUCGCCGGGUCCAGACAGUCCAGAUUCCGGCCCAGCAGAGCCACUGCCAGCAAUGGCCGACCAGACAGAGCAAACUACUUUAGUUCACAACGAAGAAGAAGCUUUUGCCCUGGAGCCCAUUGACAUCACGGUGAAAGAGACCAAGGCAAAGCGUAAAAGGAAGCUGAUUGUCGACAGCGUGAAAGAGCUGGACAGUAAGACCAUUAGGGCCCAGCUAUCCGACUACUCAGAUAUUGUGACCACCCUGGACCUCGCUCCCCCCACAAAGAAGCUCAUGAUGUGGAAGGAGACUGGAGGAGUGGAAAAGCUUUUCUCCCUGCCCGCCCAACCCCUCUGGAAUGCCAGACUCCUCAAGAUGUUCACACGCUGCCUAACGCCCCUGGUGCCAGACGAGCUGAGGAAGAGGAUAAAGGGUGGAGAAGCAGACAGUCUGGAUGAGUUCCUCAAAGAACUGGAGAACCCCGAGGUGCCUAGAGAGGAGGUCAUGUCUCAGCACAGAGAUGUCAUUGACCAGACUAUCAUGGAGGAGCCCAGUAUGCUGGCUGUGUCUGCCAUGGAGGGCAGCAGGACGACUCUAGAUGAGACCGUCAUGCCUCCUCCAUCCACCCCCCGUGGUGUUAAACGCAAGAACGUCGACAAAGACAGCGCCCUUCCCAUGGCUCCCUUAGAGCAGCAGCAGCAGCCACAGCAAGUGGCUGACCGCUCAGACCUGAGGUUAGACAUGACGGUGGACCUGCCCCCCGAAGACGGCAGCAUCAACCUCACCCAGCUCGUCCCAGAGCUCGACCUCCUUGGAAGCAAAGGAAAGGACAAGAAAGACGACAGUGAUGAAGACGAGGAGGAGGGUCAGACCGGAGACCAGGACCAAGAGGAGAAGAGAUGGAACAAGAGAACCCAACAGAUGCUGCACGGUCUACAGCGCGUCAUGGCAAAGACCGGUGCAGAUUCAGUCAGGCUGCUUGACUUGUGCCGGAACAACAACAGAAAGCAGGCAGCGGCCAAGUUUUACAGUUUCCUGGUCCUGAAGAAGCAGCAAGCCAUCGAGGUCACUCAGUCUGAACCCUACAGCGACAUCAUUGCCACCGCUGGACCAAGAUUCCACCUCAUUUAGACAUUGGAACAAUAGACACUCUGCUUGCAACAGACAUACUUUUUUUAUUUCUAAUUUACUCAACUCUACUUUUUUUUUAAUUAUUAUUUUGUGUUUUCCUGUCGGCCCGAUGUUUUCUUUUUUGCUUCCUCUGGGGAGGGGGAGGGAGUAGUAGGAAAAGGUUUGGAAACUUAAAAAUAAAAGGAUUUUACUGUACUACAGAGGGAAUCAUGCAGUAUUCUUGGAUUAUAUGGAUUAAGUAAGAAUGUUUGACAAGUAUAUUUAUAAAGCACCCUUUUAAAGCCCCUAGUUGGUAAACCUCUUUCUUUUUUUUUUUUUUUUUAAAGUUUAAGUUCUUUUGUCUGCUGAUUUCUUCAUAUACUUUCUCUUUUUAAAUCUGUGCCCCUAUUUCAACUGAAAUUUUAAAUCUUUUUUAAGAUAAAUCCGUAUGAUCACGUAGUAUUUACUGCAUAUGUUCUGGAAAGGUACUGUUCAAUUACUCAUAAGUGUAACUUCCAUCUUACCCCUGCUGCACUUGUCCUUCGAUCAAACAAAAAGGUUAAUCUGUCAAUAAAUUCUUCAAUUUUACCCUGGCAUUAAAUAGGUUUCAGAUGUAUAAUUCAGGCAGUUUAUCAACUAAGGUUUAUGUACAUUUUCUUUUUUUUUGUACCUUUUUAUUUGAUGCUUAUUUGCUGUUUUGCAUUAUGUAACUAGGUAAUGUACUUGUUACAGUUAAGUUCACUAUCCCACCUUUUAGUCUUUGGGUAACCUCUAGUUGUGAUACAUCUGUAAAGAUUUGAAAUAAAGUGUUUUAAAUA